CGGUUACCAUGCAAACCAUCCAUGCAUCUUUGAGCUUCGGUGAGGAAAAGACACCGGAUCACCUGGCAGGUUAAACUUCAUCGACACAGACAAAAGAAGAAAAUACAACCAUCGAGAUGAGCUCGUUAGAGACGUCCCCAAAUCCAGCAGGACCUCGUGGGGAGGGUGAGGAGAGUUUCAACAGGGAGCAGGUGGAUCCACGUCAGUGUGCCGACACUGUGGAGAAACCACACUGCUGCGCCUCGACCGCCUCAGAGCAUGACGGAGGAGGCCCGUCCACCUGUGAGCCCCACCCUGGAGAGAAGCCCUUCACCUGUGAGCAGUGUGGGAGGAGUUUCAAUCAAAGAGGCGCUUUGAAGACUCAUCAGCUGAUUCACACUGGAGAGAAGCCCUUCACCUGUGAGCAGUGUGGGAGGAGUUUCAGUAGAAGAGGCAGUUUUAAGAGGCAUCAGCUGAUUCACACUGGUGAGAAGCCCUUCACCUGUGAGCAGUGUGGGAGGAGCUUCAAUCAAAGAGUCACUUUGAAGACGCAUCAGGUGAUUCACACUGGAGGGAAGCCCUUCACCUGUGAGCAGUGUGGGAGGAGCUUCAAUCAAAGAGUCACUUUGAAGACGCAUCAGGUGACUCACACUGGAGAGAAGCCCUUCACCUGUGAGCAGUGUGGGAGGAGUUUCAGUAGAAGAGGCAGUUUGAAGACUCAUCAGCUGAUUCACACUGGAGAGAAGCCCUUCACCUGUGAGCAGUGUGGGAGGAGCUUCAAUCAAAGAGGCAGUUUGAAGACUCAUCAGCGGAGCCAUACUGGAGAGAAGCCCUUCACCUGUGAGCAGUGUGGGAGGAGCUUCAAUCAAAGUGGCAGUUUGAAGACUCAUCGGCGGAGCCAUACUGGAGAGAAGCCCUUCACCUGUGAGCAGUGUGGGAGGAGCUUCAAUCUAAGAGGCAGUUUGAAGAGGCAUCAGCUGAUUCACACUGGAGAGAAGCCCUUCACCUGUGAGCAGUGUGGGAGGAGCUUCAAUCUAAGAGGCAUUUUGAAGAGGCAUCAGCUGAUUCACACUGGAGAGAAGCCCUUCACCUGUGAGCAGUGUGGGAGGAGUUUCAGUAGAAGAGGCAUUUUGAGGAUGCAUCAGGUGAUUCACACUGGUGAGAAGCCCUUCACCUGUGAGCAGUGUGGGAGGAGCUUCAAUCUAAGAGGCAGUUUGAAGACUCAUCAGCUGAUUCACACUGGAGAGAAGCCCUUCACCUGUGAGCAGUGUGGGAGGAGCUUCAAUCAAAGAGGCGCUUUGAAGACUCAUCAGCUGAUUCACACAGGAGAGAAGCCCUUCACCUGUGAGCAGUGUGGGAGGAGCUUCAAUCUAAGAGGCAGUUUGAAGAGGCAUCAGCUGAUUCACACUGGAGAGAAGCCCUUCACCUGUGAGCAGUGUGGGAGGAGCUUCAAUCUAAGAGGCAUUUUGAAGAGGCAUCAGCUGAUUCACACUGGAGAGAAGCCCUUCACCUGUGAGCAGUGUGGGAGGAGCUUCCGGCACCGUCAGCCUUUCAGGGAUCAUCAACACGUUCACUCUGGGGAAUAA